ACAGACAAGAAAACGGAAGUGAACAAGCCUUACAACAACUUUCACGUUAGCGGUUUUAUUUAGACGUUUUAACAUCCUGGAACUCAAAAUCUGAUUAAUUUAACUACACAUCAUCACCGUAUGUAGUGUUUAGUUCGAGUUGGAGACAGGAUUUAUUUUCUAGCUAACUAGCUAGCUAGCUAACAAUGGCUAACUGUAUGAUUUUUCACACUCAAAUAGCCUCCAUCAUGGAGGUUCUAGCGAAUGCAGCCGUGGCAGAGAUCUGUAAACUCGUAGACGACGACUAUGCAGUGUUUCGUUUGGAAAUAACGCAAAGCCAGAAAGAAAAUAUGGCAUUGCGGAGGAAACUACUGGAAUCAAAGGUGGCACGGGAGCGCGCAGAAAGGACAACGCGAGAGCGCGUCCUCACCAGUCGUCCCAGUAGUGUCAAGAUUGUCGAACGAUACAGAGGAAUGGCAAGAGGUGAAGGACAUCUCACUGGAGGCCACAGGAGCUUUGUGAAGCCAGCAGGACACAAUACUUGGAGAGAUGACCAACCAAUCACUGUUGAUGAGGGGAGUGGAACCUCAACCCAGCACGUUAUCGUGAUAGAGUCUGCAGAUGCAGAGGCUGAAGAUCCUGGUGUCAAGCUAGAGAGGUCUGAAGGAGCGGAGGACCCAUGGCACAGCAGACACAUCCAAACUGGAACGGCUGAAGCGCCCCAUGUAGACAGAGAAGACCCCACCGCCCCAGCACAGCCAAGGACCCGACGCAGCAUCACGGAGGAAGAGGAGGGUCCAGAGGUGCUGCUGGUGAAGGAGGAGGGGUGUGAGGAGGGUCUGGGGAACCCUGAGGGGACCAUGGUCAUGGAGGACAACCAGACUACACCUCCUCCUGAACCCACAGAGGAACCAGCUGAGCAGCACAGGACCAAACACAGUCUCACUGAGUCAGUAGACAUGGAGGAUGGGAAGCCUGAUCUGCUGAUAGUCAAAGAGGAGACAAUAGAAGACAUAUCAGAGAGCACUGACCUGCUGAGUGGACUAAAGAUGGGGGAGCAAGGUGGUUGGCUAGAGGCUAACAGAGGAGUCUGGGUGUCCAUCUUAGAUUCCCAGACCGGUGCAGCCAAGAUCCCAGGGGAUGACAUCACUGAGCAGGCCAGGACCAGAUGCAAAAUAGUGGAGGUCAGCGGAUGGGACAGCGUCCUCAACUCUGGGCUGGGGAACAACACUGUUAACCGCAAUCAGAAACAGACUGUGGAACACAAAACAACAUCUGAACUUAGUCUCCAUGACAACAGACUGACUGAGACCAGGGCGAGGCGUAGAUUUGGUCUGCGAGCACGGGGAGGUGUCCGUAUUCAGCUGGAGAGAACAGACACAGAGUUGGUUAGCGAUGCUCCCUCCUGCUCCUAUAGUUGUGAUUCAGAGAGACUGAUGGCACCUCCGGUUAACCCCCUAACAGAUGCUGCCUUCAACCUGCCUUCUAUAGGAUCUAUCAACUGGAACAUGGACCCUGUGACAACACAGACACUCCCUGGCCUUCGUCCUCCUCACACUCUCCUGAUGUUAAACCAGACCACAGACAAUGCCAGUGCCUCAAUACUAAAUGGCUACACAAGCCCAUUGACAAAUGACAUGGGUAGUAACGCUAUCAGCAGAUCCAGUGGCAAAGAGAAGCGCUUCCUGUGUUCGUUCUGUGGGAAAGCCUUCAGUUUCCCUAAACAGGUGGAGAUCCACCAGAGGAUGCACACGGGGGAGAAACCGUUCAGCUGCCAUCUGUGCCGGGCUAGUUUCUCCCACUCGUCCAGCCUGAAGAGGCACCAGAUGGUCCACACAGGGGUGAAACCCUUCAGCUGUACCCAGUGUAAUAUGCGCUUCGCCCAGGCUGGUGACCUGAAGAGGCACCAGAGGGUCCACACAGGGGAGAAACCCUUCAGCUGCCCCCAGUGUGAGAAGAGGUUCACCCGUCAGAACCAGCUGAAGAUGCACUUGAAGGUCCACACGGGAGAAAGGCCGUUUGCCAAUACGCACUGCAGGAAGAGGUUCUCAGAGAGGAGCUACCUCAGGAUACACCCGCAGAAAAACCAUUCCACUCUAUAACAUAGAAAGUAACCAUUCCGCUGGAUAGCUUCUGAUAUGUUGAUCAAACCCUGCAAAAAGACAAAGAUGAAUUUUCAUUGUUGUCAGCAGAAAAGACCCACAGAUGCAGAUUUCAGUGUUGAAUAUUCUUUGGGAGAAUAUUUCAUCCAGACAUUGUGUGAUAUAUAAGGCAUAUAUAAGCCUAAAAAGCCUACAUAUUGUGUUUGUAUUGUGUAGGCUAUAUGAUGUUCACAAAUACCUAUUUCUUUACUUCCAUUAAACUACCCCCCAAUACACUUUUAAUGAGAAAGUGAAUGCGGUUUAUCAAGUUAAUGCAGAGUUUUAGUUGAGAUGUGUGUUUUUCAUAUGGUGUAUUUAAAACUGGUUUAUGUUAAAUAAACACUGACUUUUCA